AACAAAGUCCGGAAAUCAUGUCGACCUGACCGGCGGGUAACCUCGGCAUUGGGCAAGGACAAUUCCAAGACGGCUAUCAGCAUCAUCAGCAUCAUGAUCAUCAUACAUACAUUGAUUGUUCGUAUGCCUAGGCGGUGGUAACAAAUCAAUGAAGGGUCUGAUCGGGAUGACCUCACCAGUCCUGAGCGCCAUUGGGGGAGGAGCUGCUUCAUUUAGCCGGUGGGUAAAGCGGUUCUACUGCCCUUUGUUAGUACUCUGUAGUAUAUUCUCUUCGUUCCAGAAACUCUUUGUACUCCGUACAUAUACUGUCGUUAUCCUGUGGUCGGGUCUAUAAGUCCACGCACUCAUGAUAUGCAUUUAACCCAUGAAUCAGAUCCGCUCGGCGAUAUUCAUUUCGGCUAGGAUAACUGACUGCAUGGCAAAACCACUUACCCAUUGACCAG